UAUCGCUUCUAGCAAUUUUAGGAUUUAAUGGCAUGUAAAUAAUGGGCAGACAAAUUAUAAAACUUCCAUAGACUAUUUCUUAAUAAUUUAAGAUUAUAUUACUAAUAGUUUUUAUAGAGGGAAAGGGAAUUGUUAGUAAUGUGGACUGAUGACCCUGUUGCUGGCAAUGUACCAUGUCAGGUUGACCUCCGCUCGGUUCCCCCUGGAAAUCAUUGUGAUAAAUUCCUAGUGAAUUUUUCACGACGGGCUAACUGACCUGACUUCAUACUCAUCCUAUAAUCCUCCACUGAUGUCCCGUCAGUGUAAAUCAUUAACGCUGGCGGGUAAUCCAAUCAUGGUCCCUUAAAAAAAUAGUUUUUAUCAGAUAUUUAAUACCUAUUCGUUCCAUAUAAAAUAAUAUAUAUCUAUUUUAUUGUAGAUACAUAUAAUAACCUAUACAGCUAUAAUAACCACCUACCAGUGACAAUUUCAAAAUAGCGGUUUCUGCUCUUACGUACAUAUAAUUUUGGCACUCGUUAUUAAUAUUAUAACGAGUGCCAAAAUUAUAUGUACGUGUUCAUUACUGAUUAUAAAGGUAAGCUGUAAUAAUAAGUUAUAAAGUCAAACUAUGAACUAUCUAUAUAAACAUUGUUGUUUAGAUUUAGAUACGUCGAUUUUCUCUAUUAUGACGUCGUGUUGUAACAUUGUAACAUUGUCUACUUACUUUUACUAUAUCAUUUCUUAAAAAGGAAGGACAUUAAGGUGAAGUUCACCCAUUUAAGUAAGGUCAAUAUAACGACGUCAGUGGCAUUGCCGGCAAUAAAACUUUCACAAACAAAUUGAGUUCUAUUAAAGAUUAUUUAUGCGAUGAAAGGUCCCGAGGUUUGGGGCGGUUCAUCCAAGAAGGUUGGUGCGCGUUGCCUCUAAGGCGUAUUAGCAUGCGAACCGCACGCACGCGCACCUACUUAUCAUGAGCAAUGCGGAACGCAGGGGUCGCACUCAGAAUUUAAUUGUGUUCCAUUAUCAUAUUAAGGCUCUUUUACUGUAAGUCAAAAGUGAAAACUGAACAGAAUUCAAUGGCGCCUAUCAUUCGUCAACGGUAGUCGAUGGCAGCAACUUCUUUGGGGCGGCAGUGCGGGUGUUAAGUUGCAAAAUGGUGUGGCUACGGUAUUACAUAGCGAUUUUGCCUCUUGUCAUAUGUGUUACCGCAAUCGUAGGACCUAUUGGAAACAGUACGAGUACUAAAUUGAGUUCUCUGAAAACAGACACAUAUUUAGAUGCUUACUCAAAAUCUCGAAUUGAAGCUGAAAAGGCUAAGCAAGGAGUUGUGAUAAUAACUGCAAAAGACGGCGAAAAGAAGAUUUCGAAUCGCGACGAUAGUUAUAACAGUGGAUACGACUACACGCCUUAUUCCAGUGAUAAUAGUUUCAGUUCUUCUGGUCCGGGGAGCUUUUCUGGACCGUCAAGUUCCAGUUAUUCGCCACCAAGUCGUACGCCAGUAAAGUUUGAAUCAGAUAUAACUUAUAACGCACCUCCAAAUACUUAUGGACCCCCGUCUUCAAGUUAUGGGCCCCCUGCACAAAAUUAUGGACCUCCCGCGCAGUCGUAUGGACCACCUGCGCAGAUAUAUGGACCACCUGCUCCAAUAUAUGGACCACCAGCGCAAACUUAUGGACCACCAGUUCAUAAACCUUUACCGCCCGUAUAUGGACCACCCUUGAAACCUACGUAUGGUGUUCCGUACACAUCGCCGGGUUUCGGUUUCUUCGACAAACUGUCUCUGAAACUUGACAUUUUGACUAUUGCUAAAUUAUUGUUGAAAUUUUUGAUUUUCAAGAAAUUAGUCACUAUGCUUGCUGUAGUGUGUAUGUUGCUGGUCAUACCAAAAUUAAUAAGUUUUAAGAAAGACAGCAAUAAUGCGAACGAUGAAGACGAACGGCGAUUUGGGAACAAAAACUUGACGGAGCUGACGUCUAUACAGCAACUUCUAGAACGGGCCAUCCAUGUUUACGGUCAGCAACAACCGUCAUGCAGCAUCACGUGUCGCGUGCGCAGAGUUAUCGAUGAUAUAUACGAAUUUCAACCUUAUUUAAGGGCAAAUACGAUGCAAAGAUCGGACACAACUCUUUAGAUAGUUUUUGGAAACAUUUGGGUGCCAUCAGAAUAGUCUGA